AUGCUGCUGUCUCCGGAGCAGCAGGCCGACCUGCAAGCACAACUGCAAGCCUCCGUGAGCGCGUGCAACGACCGCUGUCUUUUCCAGGCCGCGAAAUGGACGGCAGAACUCCUCAACUCCUUCCCUCCCACCGCCUCCAACGAUCUCACGAAUGACGAUGCCUCCGAUACCGACAUUGACGACGACGAUGCCGCGCAAUCCCCUACAACUGCCACGCCCACCGAUCGUGACCGUAGGGAAGCGAAGCGAGAAGCGAAAGAGCUGCACAAGUACCAGCUGGCACAAUCACUUUUCCACUGUCGCGAGUUUGACCGCUGUGCUGCUGUCUUCCUACCCACUCCCGUCCCGCACAUAAACAGUACCUCACAGCAGGCAGUAUCAGCCGCACAGCUACAGUCAACACCGAAGAAGACCAGCCUCCAGAGUCCACGCGGUUCGGCAAAGCUGUUGAAGCCACAGCAACCUCCUCUACCGAAAAAUCUCAGCCAAAAGGCCCUCUUCUUGGCCCUGUACGCGAAAUACAUGUCGGGCGAGAAGCGCAAGGUGGAAGACUCGGAAACCAUUCUCGGACCCGUUGAUGGACCCGUCACGGCCAACAAGGCAAUUCCCGCCGUACUGGCAAUACUCGAGGAAUACUUCAAUGCCCGUGGCGGCUUGCAAAACAUGGACAACUCACAAGGCUGGCUCGACUACCUCUACGGCGUCGUACUGGUGCGCACCAAAUCGGAGGCGCUGGCGAAACAAUGGCUCCUCCGCAGCGUAAAUCUCAACCCCUACAAUUGGUCCGCCUGGCUAGAACUGGCCUCCCUCAUCGGCUCCGUAGACGAACUGCGGCAAGUGAGCGCGCAUCUCCCCGAGAACAUCAUCAAGUUCUUCUUCUACAUCCACUGCAGCCAAGAACUCUACCUCCAGACGCCCGAAGUCUACCACAGCCUCGCACAGGUCACCUCCAUCUUCCCCUCCUCGCCCUUCCUCGCGCAGCAGAAAGCCCUCCUCGCCUACCAUGCGAAUGACCACGACACCGCAAUGGCCACCUUCGACGCUCUCCUCCACGCCUUCCCGCACCGCCUCGAAGGCACAGACAUCUACAGCAACCUGCUCUACGUCCUCCCCAACCGGCCCAAACUCGCCACCCUCGCGGCCACCGCCUCGGAAACGGACAAAUUCCGGCCGGAAACCAGCUGCAUCCUGGGCAACUACUACUCGCUCAUGGCGGAGCACGAAAAAGCCGUGCUCUGCUUCCGCCGCGCCCUCAUGCUCGACCGCACCUUCCAGGCCGCCUGGACGCUCAUGGGCCACGAGUACAUCGAGCUGAAGAACACGCAGGCCGCCAUCGAGUCCUACCGCCGCGCCGUGGACAUCAAUCGCAAGGACUACCGCGCGUGGUAUGGAUUGGGCCAGGGAUACGAAAUGCUCGAGCUGCAUUCCUACAGCCUGUUCUACUACCAGCGCGCCGCGGCGCUGUGUCCGCACGAUCCGAAAAUGUGGGCUGCCAUGGGCAAUGCGUAUGCCCGGUGCGGAAAGCUGGGGAAUGCUAUCCAGGCUUAUAAGCGUGCUCUCCAAGUCGGCAGCCAGAUGGAUAUAGGAGGCUCCAGUUUUGGCAGUGGGGGGAAUGCGCUGGCGCAUGCUGUUGGAGGCGCCCUGGAUCCGCAAGUGCUGUUCGACAUUGCGCUGCUGUACGAGCGCGACGACAACUACGAGGAGGCCGCGGCGUAUAUGCAGCUAUGUCUCGACCAGGAGGAAGGAGCGGAGGAGGGGGAAGAGGGCAUCGGCGUGACGCAAAUCACCUCUCGUGCGCGCCUGUGGUUGGCAAAGUGGACAUAUGGCUGCGGCGAUUGGCAGCGCACGAUGGAAUUGGCAAACGAACUCUGCCAAGACGGCGUAGAGGUUGAGGAAGCAAAGGGUUUGGUGCGGGACGUGCGAGCGAGGCUGGCGCUGCGCGAAGCCGCAGAGGACGAAGAGGAGCAAUGGGACCAGACAUCAUAA